AUGGAGGGUCAACAGAAUCAGCCUCCGAAUGGACACCCACAGUUUCGUCAACAGCAGCUUCCUUCCCAAGCGGUGCCACCAGGUCUGAAUCCGGGAAACAGUCCACCCGGUCAUCAACAGCAGUACCAUCAGCAGCCGAUUUUUACCCAGGGAAUGACGGCGGAUAGUGUCAUCGUACAAAUUUUGCAACACCUUCAGCAGCAACAGGCAGUAACAAACCAGCUUCUCCAGCAGCAGCGUGAAGGCACACAUCAACAGCAGGAGUUUCUGCAACAGCAGGAAGCGCUUUUCCGGAAUGCGAUGUCAUCAAUCAACGUCAGCGUUCCCCCUAAUCCAGAAGCCAUCUUGGAUUCGCUAGCUGGGAACAUCAAAGAGUUCCAGUUUGAUCCUGAGAACCACUGUACUUUCGCUGCCUGGUACGCUCGAUACGAGGACCUCUUCGCCGAGGAUGCACACAGACUGGAUGACGAUGCUAAAGUGAGGUUACUUCUGCGCCGCCUGGGAACCAAUGAGCACUACAGAUACGUGAGCUACAUAUUACCAAGUACGCCGAAGGAUUUCACGUUCGACGUAACGGUUCAGAAGCUUACAGCACUAUUCGGGACCACAGAAUCAAUGGUGAAGAAACGCUACAGUACGCUCACCAUCGCUAAAACCCCGACUGAAGAUUACGUCACUUUCGCGUGUCGGGUAAACAAAAUGUGCGUAGAAUUCGAGCUGAAGAAGAUGUCCGAGCAACAAUUUAAGUGCCUAAUGUUCGUUUGUGGUCUCAAGGGUGAGUGUGACGCCGAUGUACGUACCAGGCUGUUGGUGAAGAUUGAGAGCAACGAUGAUGUCACCCUAGAGGCGAUGAUUGAUGAAUGUCAGCGGCUGAUCAAUCUAAAGAACGAUACAGCGAUGAUUGAAGGUCCAUCCGGACAGGUGCAAGCAAUCAAAGGAGGUUCACAUCAUCAUCAGAGGAAGUUCCAGAAGCGGUCAACAGAACGAUGGAAAGGUUCUCUAGUGCCGGAAGAGGUGAAGAAGAUUCCUGCGACUCCGUGCUGGAACUGUGGUGCGAUGCACUACUCGAAGCAUUGCAGUUUCCGCAACCACAGAUGCAACGAAUGUAGGCAGUUUGGCCAUAAGGAGGGCUACUGUUCAACAACGAAACGUUCGUCCAAACCAGUGAAGCAGCGCAACAGGAAGGUUUCUACCAAAACCAUCGCACUUUCCGUGGGCAACGUCCAGAGCAAGCGACGGUUCGUGCAGGUAGAAAUCAAUGGUGUUCCAGUGCGCCUACAAUUGAAUACGGCAUCGGAUAUCACAAUUGUGUCCGAGCAGGUCUGGAAGCAGCUGGGUCAGCCAACAACGGUGCCGGCAACACAGAUCGCAAAGUCAGCGUCGGGUGAACAACUCGAUCUGCAGUACGAGUUUGCAUGUGAGGUAUCAUUCAACGGGUCAGCGCAGCAGGGCAGGAUUUUCGUCUCCAAGUGUUCGCUCAACCUACUGGGCAUCGACUUCAUCGACAAAUUCGAUCUUUGGUCACUACCGAUGGACAAUUUCUGCAACCAUAUCAGUGGUGUACCUGUAGAUGUAAAUUCAUUGCAGAAGGCGUACCCGAAGUUAUUCAGCAAUACAUUGGGGCUGUGCAAUAAGGCUAGCUAG